AACAUCCCGAGCAGAGAUCCGCUACACGGACCCAUUUAACCGGCACCGACGUUGCUCUUAUCGCGGGAGCGCUGUGGGGGACCUCGGGGGUCACAUGUCCGGGCAGAGGUAGCCGGAGCCGCGCUACUGCUGCCUCCUCGGCCGGCUGAAGGACGCAGAUGGAGAGGCCGAGCAGGCUGCUGCUGCUGUCCGAGCUCCGCGUCAGGAACGCCGCGCACAGUGUGAGCCUGAGCCGGUCCCUGCUCACCUGGAAGAGGCGGGGGUCCAGCCCGCUGUACCACCCGUUCAGACCCAGGUUCUGUCUCCCUCGGCUCCGUCGCCGGUCAGACUCAGGCUCGUGUCACAUCGUGCCAGUGUCAGAGAUCAUCUCUGUCAGAGAGGAAGAUGAGGAGAACGGCAGCGGCCGAAGAGACGAUGGCAGCUGGAAGAAGAUCAAGGAGAGGGACGUGAAGGACUGCAGGCAGGCCUUCACAGUGCUGUACGUGGAGAGGAGUGGGCAGCACCGCUGGCGGUGCGCUGAGGUCACCUUCACCUGUUCAGACACGACGCUGUGUCAGCGCUGGAUCAGCAACAUCAGAGAGCAGCUCGCUGCCAUCGCCAGCAGACCCAGGCGCCUGCUGGUCUACAUCAACCCGUUCGGGGGCAAGCGUCAGGGCAAGCGCGUCUACGAGCAGAAGGUGGCUCCGCUCUUCCUCCAGGCGGGAAUCUUCACGGACGUCAUCGUGACGGAGUACGCCAAUCACGCCCGGGACCACCUGAGGACAGAGGCCGAGCUGAAGCAGUUUGACGGCGUGGUGUGUGUCGGGGGGGACGGCAUGUUCAGCGAGAUCGUCCACGGGCUGAUCUGGAGGACACAGAUCGACGGCGGCGUGGACGUGAACUGUCCCGACGAGGCGCUGCUGCCCUGCUCACUCCGCAUCGGGAUCAUUCCUGCAGGUUCCACUGACUGCAUCUGCUUCGCCACUGUGGGCACCAACGACCCCGUGACCUCUGCUCUGCACAUCAUCGUGGGAGACUCUCAGCCGAUGGAUGUUUGCUCAGUCCAUCACAACAACACAUUUCUGCGAUACUCCGUCUCCCUGCUGGGAUACGGUUUCUAUGGCGAUGUGCUCACUGACAGUGAGAGGAAGCGGUGGAUGGGACCUGCCAGAUACGACUUCUCAGGUGUGAAGAUGUUCCUGACUCACCAUUACUAUGAGGGAACGGUGUCCUACCUGCCAGCCAGGGGCAUCCUAGGAACGCCCCGAGACACUGCCAGAUGUCGAUCUGGCUGCGUUGUUUGUCAGCGCAACGGGCAGCUACUGUCAGAGAGGGCUGAGAGGUAUGAGACGGAUGAAGGCCCAGACGGUGAGACUGAGAGAGAGUGGAGGACGAUUCGUGGGAAGUUCCUGGCCAUAAACGCUGCCAGCAUGAGCUGCGCUUGUCCUCGCAGCCCCAAAGGCCUGUCACCGGCCGCUCACCUGGCCGACGGCACCACCGACCUCAUCCUUGUCCGAAAAUGCUCACGCUUCGACUUCCUCAGACACCUCCUCCGACACACCAGCAAGGACGACCAGUUUGACAUGACCUUCGUUGAGGUGCACCGGGUGCGGCGCUUCCGCUUCGCACCGCGUCACUGCCAAAGUGACUCUGACCUGGAGUUGGACCUGCAGGAGAACGGCAAACGGCAGAUCUUCAGCCAGAUCUGCCGCGACCACCCGGCCUGUGGCUGCGCUCCCAGCUACAGCAGCUGGAACUGUGACGGCGAGAUCCUGACGCACACGGCCAUCGACGUCCGAGUGCACUGCCAGUUGGUGAAGCUGUUUGCACGAGGCAUCGAGGAACCUGCUGUGUUUGAAGAUCUCACCAACCCCUGUGCAAUAUGAGCCCUUUCCUCGGGUCCCUGGAGCCGCUGUCGACAGCACCAGCGCUGCUGUCGUGACCACUGCUCACCACAAUCUUCAUCCGAACACUAGAGUGCUGUGAAACUGAACUGUCUGGGUCUAAAGUGUCUGAAAAGCUUUAAAUAUAUUUACAACUGGGAGGUUUCAGUUCCAGAAGGUUUAAAUUCACUCCCUCUACCUUCGACUAGUGUUGAGUGACACUAUCUGUGUUUCAGUGUGAAUAACUGAAUGGUUGCAGGAUGUCUGGCACCAGGUUUAAUGUUUAUCUCCAGUCUUGAGACUCGUGACGUGGUUAGUUUCUGUGGGGGGAAAGUGCAGAGGCUUUGUGUGAACACCUUGAUGUCUGGUGUUACAGACAGCAGGCGUCUGGAUGCCUCUCGUUCUCGAGGUGCUUGGGUUUGGUCUUGUUGGUAUUUAGAAUCUGACUGAAACAUAUAGGAUCUAGAUUUUUUGUUGUGUUUUUCUUUGCUCUUUGGCCUCUGUGUCAGGAAUGUUACACUCUCAUCUGGACCCAGGCAAAGAACAUAGAAGAUAAUUACAAAGUUAGGUGGUCGACGUCUCAACUUGACCCAGAUUCAACUUUGGGGGUUUGAACUUAACCCACUGUUAAUUUUUGUGUAGUUUACUUUUAUAGUGGGAGUUUCCACAUUCCUAUUAGUGCAGUAUUACUGUGUCUAGGUCUCAACUGCAUUGCGUCGUCUUGACUGGUCCUGACAGAGUGUUUUUGUCUUCAUUCAGCAUUUUAUUAUUAUAUAUUAUAUUAGAAGUUGAAGAGCUAGUUCAGAAUUACAUCAUGUUCUGUGUUUUAUCAGAUAGCAGAUGCCCAGCGUCGCUCCCAGGGCCAUGUCAUCAGUAGCCAGAGGUUGAUUCACACUGAUGAAGAGUAGAAAGUAAAUCCUGGGGGUUUAUUUUCCACUUUUCAGUUUUUGUUGUAUUGUUCUUUUCAAACACAACCUUUGCAUUUGCCUCCACAUUCCUUGUUUCUCAGGAUCACCUGAUCUCAAUCGUAGCUGCAGUAUCAAAUAGUAUUUUUGCAUAUUUUACUUCCCACCAAAUUUAGAAAACUGUGAUGAAAUGUUGUCGGUCAAGCUGGUCGUGACUGAAAGUUCAGCAGCACAAGUGAAUGUUUUCAAUCAUCUCGUGAUACACAACACAAAUGAUAAUUGAUUCAAACAGCAGCAUUUCAAAAUGAACUGAAGCUGUUACUUAAUUUUCUCAAAUGAUCCGUCUUAAGUUAAUAUGAACCUAAAUCAUAAACAACACAAAUUUGGCCAUCUUGUUAUAAAACAACAAACACAAACAUCUGCUCCACCAAUGAAUGAAUGUUUUAACAAUGUGGACGACUCAGCAACAAUGUCAACUUCAUUCAGAAAAUAAGAUUGUAGCCGUCGUCAGGUUCUGAUCAAAUACCUGAAUAAUAUUCACAGGAAAGUUUCAUAUUGUAGCUUCUAACUGCUGUAGCUGCUCUGUGUCCACAGGGUUGAAAGACUGUAGCAUCAUCUGUUGCUGAUAUUUUUUCAUAGUAAUGCUGCAGUUUCCCCACUGAGCCUCAAGGUGGCGACGUCCGCUGCUGUAGAUACUGCAGCUUCUGGAGUGUUUAGAUCUGGAGCUUUGAGAUGAAGCAGACAGGUUGAGCUCCAGCACAGGACAGUCUGACUGUAGACGGUUGUUUCCUCCCGACAGAGAUUGAGCUGGACUCGACCUUUAGAGCGGAGGCACCUGGAAUCUGAGAACCGGGCUUGGAGCUUACGAUGCUCCGUUCAGUCGCUGUAAAGAUGUAGCUCAGCCUCAUCCUGUAGCUCCACCUACAAGUUUAGCUACACAAAAUGCAAACGGAGCAGACACCAGCAUUCGUAGCAGUCAACAGACCCUCGUAGAGCCACAGGCAGCGUGAAGGUUUUAGCUGCAUGUGUUUUCUGCUUUGUUGUUGUCAUUACGUACAAUCAGGGUCGGAUCUUUUUGAACCCAAAUCAAACCAAAUGUUUUAAACUGCUUUUUUUGUUAGAACUGAAAUAAUCAAAGCAGAAAUUCACUUGCACAAUGUCAACAAAAGGCAACUGUAGCUGAGUGAAUGGCUGUAACAGGCCAGAUGCUGUUUGAGUGUUCACACAACGUAACAAAUGUAGAGGAACCUGGAUUUCACCCUCAGAGAUUUAAAGACAGAACCAAAUCCUGAGAGCGUCUCUGCUGUUGUGUAGUUACGAAGCUGUACUUGUUCUGAAUAAUCAUGUAACCUAUAAAAAUAAAAAACCUUUAAUGUCAA